AUGAGGCGGGAAGAGGAGGAGGAGGAGGAAGAGGAGAGAACGAAGAUGAAGGCAAAAGGAGACCUAGAGAUGAAGGAGGAAGAGGUAGUCAGUGAGAAGGGAGAACUGGUUGGCCCUUUCGCGAGUGCCAUGCCCACCCCUACGCCGCACAACAAGGGGACCCGGUUUUCUGAGGUAUGGGAGUAUUUCCACCUGGCGCCUGUUCGUGCUGGCCACCACCCCAACCAAUAUGCCACGUGCCGCCUGUGUGGCAGGCAGGUGAGCCGUGGCCCCGGGGUUAACGUGGGCACCACAGCCUUGUGGAAACAUCUGAAGAGCAUGCAUAGAGAGGAGCUGGAGAAGACCGGCCACGGUCAGGUGGGGCAGCGCAAAGACCCGAGGCCCCAGGGGCCCCAGCUCCCUAUGGGUAUCGAGGGUGACUGGGCCCGGCUCCUGGAGCAGGUAGGGGCCCUGGCUUUGUGGGCCAGCCAAAGGGAAAAGGAGGUGCUUAGGAGGGAGAGGGCAGUGGAAUGGCGGGAGAGGGCAGUGGAAAGGCGAGAGCGAGCCCUGGAGGAGGUAGAGAGGGCCAUCCUGGAGAUGAAGUGGAAGGUGAGGGCUGAGAAGGAAGCCUGUCAGAGGGAGCAGGAGCAGCCUGCCGUGGCUCAUCCCUUCCAUUUUGUGUAAUCAGCCCGGGAGGCAUCUAUUCUGAAAACACAGACUCGAGGCUCACAGCAAAGAGCCAC